GACCCCAGAGCAAACCAAAGGAACCUGCGGCUCCGGCAACUACUGCCGAGCAGCUUCGCAGUGCCCUGUUGAGGUUUUUUGAGCUCGCCCCGAAGGGCAGUGAUGGAGCCGCUGGGCUGGGGAUUAUAGAAGGAGAUGAUGGACGCAGGUAUUUGCCAUUGCCAAUGCUGGGCCGGGCCGUCGGCAUCACUGGGGAGGACUUUGAGGUUGCCAUGAAAGCAUGGAAUGUAGUCAAUGAGACACCGCCGGGCACCUUCAUGAUGACGGAGGAUGCGCGAGCAGUUGGAUUGGUUGAAUGGGCAGGAUGGGAGGAAUUUGCAAGCUCCCUGGAUGUUAUCGUGAAGGGGACUCGGGAUCCGGCUUUCGAGCCGCGGUCCAUUCAAGGGCAUGUGGCUCGAGCUGCUCGUGGAGCUGUGCGGUCAGGGCCACUGCGACAACCAGAAGUGCUGCGAAGACUUCAGGAGCUCUCAUCCGAGAAUCUUCCUGAGGAUGCAGCUCCCGCUCUGAGAAGCGCAAUUCUUCGAAGGGCUCGACUUGCCCUGGCGUGCUUGGUCGAUGCCAUCGCUUCGCAAGGUCUUGGACCUCAGGCAGGCGUGGACUCCAUGGGAUUAGUGGGACAGCUUCCCAGGACUUUGUUCGGCAUCAUUUUCGACAACAUUGACGAUCGAGAUCGUGGAGCGUGUGCUUUCUUGGGAGAGAUUCUUCAGUCCUGGGAUCGUCGACGGUGCUUCUCAAAGCGCUGGCUGCAGGAUGCCGCAGGAAAGUUCUCGAUGCCAAAAGGGCCAAACUCCGAGCGGGACGAGAGACGCGGCUGGUACGCGUUGACUUCGGAGAACCUGCACAAAAAGCCUGCCGAAGAGGAGGGAGGUGCUGGAGGAAAUGCUCAAACAUUCUUAAGCACAGAUGAUGCACCGCGCUCGGAGGCUGUGCCACCAGAACCUACGAAGAAGGAUUCGCGGAGGACGGAGACGAGGUCGCGGAAGAGCCGGAGUCGGAGCCGUCGGAGAAGUCGCAGUCGGAGAAGCCGCAGCCGCAGCCGCCGGAGCCGUCGGAGCCGAAGCCGUCGGAGCACACGGAGAAGUCCCAAGCAGAGCCCUCGCAAAGAGAAAGAGAGCAAAGACAGCAAAGAGAAAGAAGCAAAGCCUCCGAAAGAGACUCCGAAAGAGCCUCCGAAAGAGACUCCGAAGGACGAGGCUCCAGCGACGCAAGCAGAAACAGGUGCAACAGAAGGAGUUGACAGUGAAGCAAAGAAGAAGAGACGAGUCUUGCAACAAGACGAUGAUGAUGAUGAGACGGUCGCGAAGCGUUUAGAGGUGGUUGAGGAGAUCUAUGCCAAGCUCAAAGAAAGCGGUUUUGAUUCUAAGCAGGUGACUACCCUGGAGUUCAACUCUUUCUUGGAGCGGAAGCUCUGGCCAGGAUUUGAAACAGAAAAGGCAAGUCUUGCGCACUUGAUAACCAUCGCGCUCCUCAUCAACGAGAAGGUGCGAGAUGGAAGUGUUUCUGCAUGGGAUUCUGUGGCUGCCCGCAAAGAGAAGUUUUCGGGCUACUUUGAGAGUAUGCUGGAGCUGUGGAAGUCUGGGCGGUUGACACUUCGGGAAAAGUCUCACGUCCUUCAGUUCCUCAUCAACUGCUUCCAAAGCUUGGAGCAAGACUUCGUGCGCGAGUGCUGCUUAAGGCUCACAGGCUUGCAGUCUUGGUUUCAUUUGAACGACCUCCACCGCGAGAAGCUGUUGUCUUUGAACAAGAAGUUGCCCGCAUUUUGGAAGAAAGUUCAGAAGAAGUAUGCUGAUCCCAAGACGCCGCAGGCCAAGCACGAGCGGAAUUUCAUGUCCGAACUGCUCGAUGAGUUCUUGGCUUCGCUGGAGAAGUUUGGAGAGCUUACUGACUUGGGAGUAGAGGAGCUUUCCUACCUAGAGCGCUGCAUCGAGCUGAUGAUCGAUUUGCUGGAUCAGCUGCCUACGCGGCGCUUCUUCCGACCACUGUUGGUGGACAAGCACGUCGUUGUGCGUUGCAGAGGAUCCAAAGUGGCGCAGCUGCCACAAGCUCGUCUGGUUAAUCAGCUGCUUGGAAUUCUCAGAUACUACGAGAAUUUCGAGAUAGACGACACGACUGGGAAGCCACUCUCACGCCGUGAAGUCACAGAUCUUCACUACGAGCGCUUGCAGCUCCUGCAGAGAGUAUGCUUCCAGGAGUUUUCAGACAAUCCCAGCCUGAAGCAGAUCAUGCUGGUGAAUGUGGCGAAGCUAGACACCAG